AUGCUCGAGCCAACGCCGAUGGAAUGGAUCACGGUCAAGACGACCCUCCCCGCGGUGCCAUACCCGCUGCUAGACGGCCGGCCAGACAUCCGGACGGAGCGGCUCAUUCUGCGGCGGACGCUGGAGAGCGACCUCGACGGGUGGCACGCGCUGCGGGUGCAGCCCGAGGUGAUGCAGUGGACCUCGCAGGGGCACCCGGACCCGGACGUGGCGUGGUCGCGCGAGCAGAUGAAGAAGCGGCUCGCGCCGCAGGGCGACGCCAAGUACGAGUUCGUCAUCUGCAUCGCCGAGACUGGCGAGAUGAUCGGCACGGGCGGCUGCCACAUGGUCGUCGGGGAGCUCGGCUGGCCCGUCAUCGGGUACAUGCUGCGCAAGGAGUUUUGGGGCAAGGGCUACGCGACGGAGCUGGUCAGGGGCUUCCUCGAGGCGUGGUGGGCGCUGCCCCGGGCAGAGGUCGAGCUCAAGGUGGAAAAGAGCAGCGUCUCCUGGCGGGCCGGGCCAGACGACAACGACAACGACAACGACAACGAUGACGGCGGGCUCGUCGACGAGUGCAUCGUGGCCGUGACGCUCGACUCCAACACCGCCAGCCAAAACGUGCUGCGCAAGUGCAACCUCGACCUCGUCAAGGUCUGGGAGGAGGACGACAUUCGCGACCCGACGCAGAGGGCGGUCCUGUACGCCUUUGCCGGGCGCAACCCAGCCGCGAGCUGA